CUCAAGCUCUCUGGGCACAUUCCCCAAGUUGUCGCCGCCAACCAAACAUCGCUGGAAUGUAAGAAGAAGGCGCGACAUACCUUGUCUCGAGGCCAAAAUAAAGCCAACAACCAGGAGAAUGUUGCAAGAUGGGAAAUAAAUAUGCACGCUUUCGCUGUCAGAGCCCAAGUUCUCUCACUCCGCUCUCUAUACUUCCUAGAUAUUGAUCUGCAUUUGAUAUCCAGGAUUCUAGAAGGUAGACCCUUUUCGAGUGUGGAUCACCAUUGAGCAUCAAGCAGCGUCAACUCCUUCCCUAUCGUGUUCCAAGUCUCAAUCAGGAAGGGACGUUGGUCGCGAGAAAAAAACCAACUGCAUAUCCUUUCCUCUGUCUCCCCCCUGUACAACGUGCUCUGAUCUGACCAGACUUUUGAUAUCUCCACUAUCUGAUCUCUGCAUAUUCAUCGCGCAUUGCAUAUAACAUAUCACUAAAUUCCCGUUCGCAUCCACCUGUCCAACCAUGCAUUUCACCAAGUCCCUGUUCGCCACCUGCGUGUGCUUGGCCCACCUCGGCGUCUCAAACGCGGUCCAGUUCACCCAGUGGCCGUCGACCCUUUAUCCCGGAGAGCCUGCCACCGUGAACUGGGAAGGCGACCUUGCCGUGAACAGUACCAUCGAUCUCCGCAAAGGCUCUGCGGUUAACCUCGAUCACGUCGAUACCCUGACCACCGAUGCCAAAGGGGGUACCUUCACAUGGACCCCGCCAGAUGAUCUCGAAGAUGGCGAUGACUACGCCUUUCGAAUCACGCAAGGUGGUGGGAUCAAUUAUUCGGGGCUGAUCUCUGUGCACCAUCCCAACGGCCCUCCCUCCUCCAAGGGACCGCCUCCUCCUCCUUCGCCGGAGCCGUCGGUUGCCAAGGGUAAUAACGGUCAUGUCAACAUGUCCAGCGCUCAUACCGCCAAUAGCACGGUCGGCAAGAGUGCCUUGCCCGCUGAGAUGAAGACUGGCACUGCCUCUUUCCAGGCCCUUUCGCUGAAUUUGAUCUUUGGCGUGGCGGUUGUCAUCUUCUGCUUCACCCGUUAAAUCGAUCGAGUGGGUAUCUUGAACUUGAACGUGGUGACAUUCUCUCCAGGUUGAAAUGUUCUCCUGGGUGUAGAAGAUGUCAUACUACGCUAUUAGAAGGACUGUCGUUUGUUGGAGGAGAGACAUGCGGCGUUCAAGCAGGGAUUGCAGUUGGACGUGCACUGAACGGUGUCUUGCAGGGGUGGUUGUCCCGUUUCCAUUAUGUCUCUAUACCCAACGGUGUAUCUCUUAUAUCCUGCCCCGGACCGGGAGGAUCAAUCCUCUGGAAGGAUUCCAGGGGGGUCUGUGGCAAGUAUGGAUUGGUCAUUGUUUGUUUUUCGUUUUUUUAUUCGUGUUAUUAUUUCUGAUCUGGUUUCCUUUCUCCCCGCUUUGGGUGCGUGGUGCCCAACAAAGAGAUUCAAUCGUGACAGGUAGUCCAGUUCAGUCUGC